AUUUUAAUUAAGAAAAUUCUUUAUUGACUCAAGGGAUAUUAUCAAGCCUCUGCAAGGGAACUAAUGAGAAUCAAUGGAACAACAAAAGCACCUGUCAUGAAUUAUGCAGCCGAGACCUCACUUGGAGUGGUAACUAUAAGAGCAUUUAACAUGGCAAACAGGUUCUUCCAAAGCUACCUAAAGCUUGUAGACAAUGAUGCAAAACUUUUCUUUUACUCCAAUGCAACCAUGGAGUGGUUAAUUUUGAAAGUAGAAGCACUUCAAAAUCUUACUUUAUUCACUGCUGUUUUUCGCUUGGUUUUACUUCCCAAGGGUUAUGUUGAUCCAGGGCUUGUUGGACUUUCUCUUUCUUAUGCUUUGGCUUUAACAAGCACCCAAGUGUUCAUGAUUCGAUGGUAUAGCAGCUUAGCUAAUUAUGUUAUUUCAGUGGAACGAAUCAAACAGUUUAUGCACAUACCUCCAGAGCCUCCAGCAAUUGUGAAAGAUAGAAGGGCACCAUUUUCAUGGCCUUCUGAAGGGAGGACAGAGUUACAGGAUCUAAGGAGGAGAUGGGCUGAGAUAGAAAUGGAAUGGUGA